AUGGAGCGCAUCAACGCCGCGGUCGCGUCCCGGACGCUGGUGCCGGCGUCGGACCCGCCGCCGGGCUUCCCCGCCAUGCUCGCGGUCUCCAACCUCGACCUCAUCUUCGGCUCCUUCCACAUGUACCUUGUUACCGUGUACCCUGCCCCGGCCGCCGGGCUCCCCGCCGUGGGCGCGGCCGUGCGCGCCGCCUUCCCCGCGUUCCUCUCCCGGUUCUUCCCCUUGGCCGGGCGCGUGGUCACCAACGCCUCCACCGGCGUUCCCGAGAUCGCCUGCAACAACGCCGGCGCCGAGCUCGUGGUGGCCGACGUGGGCGUGGCGCUCGCCACGGUCGACUUCUCCGACGCCGACCGCUCCCUGAGGAUCAUCCCGGUGCCGUUCGAGCAGGGCCUCGCGCUGUCGCUCCAGCUCGUGCGGUUCGCGUGCGGCGGCUUCGCGCUGGUGUGGGGAACGGACCACCUGCUCGUGGACGGCCACGGCCUGAUGGCCCUGCCCAAUGCCUGGGCGGAGAAGCUCCGCACCGGUGGCCUCUCGUGGGAGCCCCACCACGAGCGGGCCUCGCUCUUCCCGCCGCGCUCGCCGCCGCGGUACGCCCCGUCCCUGGACGCCGAGUUCGCGCGGUACGCGCCGGACAGUCUCCCCAACUCGCUCCUGGUGGCCACCCUCGUGCGCCGGAUGUACGUGGUCUCCGCCGCCGACCUCGACCGCCUCCGUGCCGCGGCCAGCGCAGCCGGCCGCCGAGCCACGCGGCUCGAGGCCCUGUCCGCGCACGUCUGGAAGCUGCUGGCGGCGGCCGUGGACGGCUCCGACACGCACUGCCGCCUCGCGUGGUUCGUCAACGGCCGGAUGCACCUUGACCCCGCCAAGUACGACAAGGCCCGGCUGGACCGCUACCUCGGCAACGUGCUCACGAACGUGUCGCACGAGGCCACCGUGGAGUCCAUCUCGUCGACGCCGAUCGCAGACGUGGCGGCGAUGGCGGGCGCGGCCAUCAAGAAGGCGCUCCGGUCCGAGCGGUACGAGGAGCUUGUGGACUGGAUGGAGGCGCACAAGGGGGUGUUCCGGGAGGGCGCGAAGUGGACGGAGGCGGUGGGCGCGGGCACGGGGAGCCCCGCGCUGGUGAUAUCCUCGGUCACGCCGUUGAGGGUGGAGGGAGACUUCGGCUUCGGGCGGCCGCGCCUGGUCAUGCCGUGGGUUCGGCCGGGCCGGCUGGGGUCGGCGAACAUGAUUGUGGCCCGGAAUCCGGCGGAGGACGGGUCGUGGGUGGUGAGCGCCAGGCUGUGGCCGCGGCUGGCCCAAACCAUGGAGGCGGACCCGGAGGCGGUGUUCAGACCGGCCACCGCGGGGCGGCUCGAAUUCGGCGUGCGCGAACCGGCGGCGGCGGGCCUGCGAGGCCGUUUCUAA